AUGUGUGUGAUAGUCCUUAAUAAUGCGUGUGAUAUUCCUUUGAAAUUCAACUUUUAUAGCAUUAAAUAUGUGAAAGGGUCGGAGACAAGAAAAAUAGCAUUUACUGAAUGUGUUGUUCAAGUGAGGGGCAUUGAUACUAAAGUGGGCUUAAGGUUAGAUGUUCCUACUAGAUGGAAUUCCACUUUUCUUAUGCUUGAGAGUGGUUUUAAGUAUCGUCGAGCUUUUGGAAGUUUCACUAUACGUGAUAGAAACUUUAAACAUUGUCCAACAAAUGAAGAGGGGAAAAGAGCUGAAAGGAUGUGUGAAUUUUUAAGGCCAUUUUAUAAGAUAACCAAUUUGAUUUCAGGCACAUCUUAUCCAACCUCUAAUGAAUAUUUUAUGCAAGUAUGGAAAAUUGAGUGGUUGCUAAGGGAUACUCUAAGGAGUGAUGAUCCUUUAAUGAAAGACAUGGCAAAAAGGAUGAUGGAUAAAUUUGAUAAGUAUUGGAGUGAAUAUAGUACCAUUCUUUCAAUUGCCAUGAUUCUUGACCCACAAAUGAAACUUGAAGCACUCCGAUUCUAUUAUUCAAAACUUGAUCCUUCCACUUGUGAUGAAAAGCUUAAUAAUAUAAAAGGAAAGAUGUACAAACUCUUUGAAGAAUAUGUGAGUGUGAGGUCAAAUUCGUCCAAUGCAUCAAGUUCUCAAUUCACUUGUUCAACAGAAGAACAUUUGAACAUGGAAGAAGACCAAGAGAUUGAUCCAUAUAAUGAAUAUAUCAAUUAUGUAAGCCAAAAUGUGAAUGUAACUGGCAAGUCUGAAUUGGAUCUGUAUCUAACGGAAACACCACUUGAGCCAAAGUAUUUUCCAAAGUUAGAUGUUUUGAGCUAUUGGAAGGAUCGACAAGAACGCUAUCCAAAUCUAUGUAGACUAGCUUGUGAGGUGCUAAGUAUUCCAAUAACAACUGUAGCUAGUGAGUCUGCAUUUAGCAUUGGUGGUAAAGUGCUUAGCAAGUAUUGA